AACAGAACUGCACUGAACACAACAUUCUUCACUGAUAAUGAUGUUGAGGAGAAACGGAAACAUGCUGCUGAAUAUUUUAACAGAAGUCAGGACUCUCAGGACUCUUCUUCUCCUGCUGUGCUGUUUACUGUGUGAAGCUGGAGAUGAGACGGUCACACUGCAGGAAGUGGAAGGAACCACUAUAACUCUCCAUACUGGGAUAACUGGAAUUCAGAGUGAUGCUCAUAUUGUUUGGUUUUAUGGACCUGAGAAAGCGGAGAAAAAGAUAUUGAACAGUCAGGUGUUUAAAGGAGAAACUGUUACAGAAAUCAGUGAGAGAUUUAAAGAGCGACUGCAGCUGGACAGAAUCAGUGGAGCUUUAACCAUCAGGAACAUCAGCAGAACUGAUUCUGGAGUUUAUUUAUUACAUGUUAUCACUGAACAUCUCUCAUCUAGGACUUUCAGUGUCAGUGUUUAUGCUCCAGUAUCAGCUCCAGUAAUAAGAAAUCAAAGAGGAAAGCGAAGUGUGUUUUCCACAGAGCCGUGUUUCCUCCUGUGCACUGUGGAGAAUGGAGAAGAUGUGAAGUUAUCCUGGUACAGAGAGAAUGAGAGAAUCUCCAUCACCAAUAACACAGAUCUCAGUGUUCCCCUCAAUCUCUCACUUCAAAUACAACACCAUGACAAGAACACUAACACUUACAUCUGUGUGUCUGCAAACCCUGUCAGCUAUAAAACAACUUCUCUCAGCAUCACACAGCUCUGUUAUCACAACUCAGGUACGUCAGUGACUCCAAACUCUCAUUACUCUGCUCUAGUUAGGAAAAGAAUAAUGAAUAUUCAUGAUGGAGUGAUCUGA